UUUCCUGUUUACGGGCGGGAAGAGCGAACGAACUGAACCCCUCAUCAUCCUAUAUUCCGAAGAGUGCUAAUGCUGUACUCGUACACUCUCUAGGACUGCUGUUUUCUCAGUAUACUGAGGUGGCAUAUUUGGAUUAUUUUCUAUUUUACUCUUUAUGCGUAGAUUUACAACUUGGUUUCGAAUUCCCCGCUGACUGAAGUUUAAAGGGAUUUAGCCUGCAAAGCAGAUGGAGGACCCUGCAGACUCAGGCGGCGGUGGUGCAGCAGCUUCAGAGGGCCCCACGAUGCGAGUGACGGAGAUCCGCUGCCCAACAGGAGCCUGUCCUUUACGGUUACUAGAAUGGAAAGUUAAACCCGGAUCCUUUGUCAAUGUAGAUUCUGUGCUUGCACUGUGCGCCCCUAUUCGACCGGUGGAAGAGUCUGAAUCAGAGACACGGGAACAGACGAACAGGCUGCCUGAAAAGAAGGUGAAAUCGGAUCGUGCAGGAGUAGUAAAGGAGCUGUGCUGUCAACUUGGACAGGUCAUAUCUCCUGGUGGGGUCAUUGCACGAAUAGAGGAAUGCAGUCAUCCAAUUGUGAUGAAGGGCCUUUGUGCCGAAUGUGGAAAAGAUCUUGCACAGCUGCAGAACAAGAAUGGGAGGCAGCAAGCGCCCAUCUCUACAGCAAACGUCUCCAUGGUGCACAGCGUUCCGGAGUUGAUGGUCAGCUCAGAGCAAGCAGAGCUCUUGGGCCGGGAGGACCAGCAGCGGCUGCAUCGGAACAGGAAGCUGGUGUUGAUGGUGGACCUGGACCAGACGCUCAUCCACACCACCGAACAGCACUGCCGACGCCUGUCCAAUAAGGGAAUCUUCCACUUUCAGCUGGGUCGCGGUGAGCCCAUGCUCCAUACCCGCUUGCGGCCGCACUGCAAGGACUUCCUGGAGAAGAUUGCCAAGCUCUACGAACUUCAUGUGUUUACCUUUGGCAGCAGGCUAUAUGCCCAUACCAUUGCAGGGUUUUUGGAUCCGGAAAAGAAACUCUUCUCUCACCGCAUCUUGUCCAGGGAUGAGUGCAUUGACCCAUUCUCCAAGACGGGAAACUUAAGGAACCUGUUCCCCUCGGGCGACUCCAUGGUGUGCAUUAUCGACGACCGGGAGGACGUGUGGAAAUAUGCUCCUAACCUGGUGACUGUAAAGAAGUACGUCUACUUCCAGGGGACGGGCGACAUCAAUGCACCACCAGGGUCUCGGGAGGCAGCCCGGAAAGGUGCUCAGGCCUGCAAGGCAGCAGAUAGCACAGAACCCUCAGACCCGUUCACGGCGUCAGAGGAGCAGAGCAACGGCCUCAGGAAACGAGUACGCGACCGGCACGCACAACCACCGGCCCCGGCUUCCGCCACUCAGGGAGCGACAGCCAAUGACAGGACUCAGCCCGACAAGGAAGGGGCGGGACAGGCAGAGGGCGAGGCCACAUCACGGGUCAGCAGCGAAGGGACUUCGACGAACGCAGAGGAAACGGAAAAGAACACCAGCAGCAGUAGUAGCAGUGCUCAGGAGGCCCAGCGGCCGGAAGAGGAACCGUCAUCUGAACCGAAAGAGCCGGAGCCAAGGAACGCAAGUUCAGAGGAACCGUCGUCUGAACCGAAAGAGCCGGAGCCAAGGAACGCAAGUUCAGAGGAACCGUCGUCUGAACCGAAAGAGCCGGAGCCAAGGAACGCAAGUUCAGAGGAACCGUCGUCUGAACCGAAAGAGCCAGAGCCAAGGAACGCAAGUUCAGAGGAACCGUCGUCUGAACCGAAAGAGCCGGAGCCAAGGAACGCAAGUUCAGAGGAACCGUCGUCUGAACCGAAAGAGCCAGAGCCGACAAACGCGAGUUCAGAGAACGCGCAGAGCCACGCGGGCCUGAACGACCUGGACUUCAACUUGUCCAGUGACAGCGACGACAGCCAAUCGGAGGCUAAGGACAGGAGCAGCCCGCCCCCAGCCCAGCCCACGUCUAAGAACGAGGAAGGCGACGCUUCGGUCAGCAGGGAAGAGGGCGAUCCUGCAACAGUAGAGAAGGCGAUAGAAGAAAGCAGGGAUCACAACACGCAGAAAGAGCUUGGGAACGGGGACAGUAUGGAGAUCGCCGAUAAAGAGCCGAAGCCCAGCGAAGCAACAGCAGGAGGGGAAAGGUCAGCGGAACGUGGCCCAGACGACCCCGUUGACGACGACGAGGACAUGGCAGAUGAAGAAGACGAGGAAGAUGAGGAGGACGAAGAAGAAGAUGAGGAGGAGGAAGACCGCGACCACGACGACCAUCUCAUCUACCUGGAGGAAGUGCUGACAAGGGUCCACCGCGAGUACUACGCCCGCUACGAUGCCUACCUGCACCAAGGUGGGAGCGGCAACUCGUCCGCCACCCCUGAGGCCGCCAGCGAGCCGCCCGACAUGCGCAGGAUCGUGCCCGAACUGAAGGGGCGCGUGCUGGUGGGCACCACGUUGGUCUUCAGCGGCAUCUGUCCCACCAACUACCCCAUGGAGCGCACGCGGGAGUUCUACCACGCCAAGGCGCUGGGGGCGCACGUGGCCAAGAGCCUGGUGCUCAACGCCAAGGACCCUGAGUGCACCACGCACCUCAUCGCUGCCCGAGCAGGUACAGAUAAGGUGCGGCAGGCGAUGCGCUGCAAACACCUGUACGUGGUGAAUCCUGAUUGGCUGUGGGGUUGCCUGGAGCGCUGGGAGAAGGUGGAGGAGCAGCUCUACCCCCUCAAGGAAGACUACAGCAAAGCGCCCAGGAGUAACAGUCCAGCGUUCUUCCCCGACGCCCUCUGUGCGCCCCCUCUCCACCCAGCCCCCCAACAAGACCCCACCCCACGACCGCCACCCCCGGAGGUGCGCACCUACGACCCCGUCACUGGCAAGCUUAUCCGCAGGGGCCCCCAGGUGCACCACCCGUCCUCCUUCCCCCACCACCACCACCACCAACACCACCACCCGGGGCAGUCAGGCGUCCCCCAGCCGGAGCCCAAACCCCGGCCGCCCCCGCCGGAGGUGCGCACGUACGACCCUGUCACGGGGAAGCUCAUCCGGAGAGGCCCUCAGGCGUCCAGACACUCUUCCUACGGCCAGGCACCGGGGCCGUCCACAUCGCGGUCGUCUUUCAGCGCGGGGGGGCAGCAGCAGCAGGAUGACGAGCAGCCAGGGCCAUCCCGACGGGACCGGCAGCCCAGCAUGUCCGAAACCAACCCCCUGUACACGUUCUGUAAGGAGGACCUGGACCUCAUGGACAAAGAGGUUGAUGACAUGCUGGGCGAGGAGAGUGAUAACGAGAGUGACGAGCAGGGAAAGGAGGACGAGAACAUGGAGGUGGGGCGACGGUGGCGGCGGUGGCGGUGGUGGUGGUGGUGAUGAAGAUGAGGACGAAGGGCCAGAGGAGAGACCUCAGACAAGCCAGCAGAGUUUGGCAGUUAAGCACCAGCAGCAAAUCCCAGGCCCCAGCGCCAGGGAGGAGGGGAGCCAGACGCAACCCAGC